AGAAUCCCGAAGGGCAGUGCGCGGGGGUGGGGCGGUACGGAUUGCCGGUCCUCCAGCAUUCCAGGAUCCGGCGCGGCGGGUUGGUCCUCCAGUGUCCCGGCGGCCCCGUCACCCGCUGUGUGAUGGUGUAACACUCACAGGCAGCGGCUUGGGAGGCCUGUCCCCGGCCGGCGAGCGGGCGGGCGGGGCACCGGAGCGGGGCUAAAGCAGCAAAUGUUCGCGAGCGGAUCAGCGGGGGGGUGGAGGGGAAUGCUUUAAUAUUUGAAAAGAAAUUAAAGGAAUUUAACUUGGAUCUGAAGGAACUCGGGGACUGAGCGACUGUUGCAGAUUAUGGCAUCAACCACAGAGGAUUUGAAUGCAGAGAACCAAUUUUCUCCAGAACCUGAACCCAACAAAAUUCAGCAUGGAGUGCGGGCUGAAGUAUCGCCUGAUGCAAAAUGUCCUAUCUGUCUGGACAGAUUUGACAACAUGUCUUACAUCGAUCGAUGCUUCCACAAAUUUUGCUUUCGUUGCAUUCAGGAAUGGUCCCGUAACAAAGCAGAAUGCCCUCUGUGUAAACAACCUUUCAACUCCAUUUUCCACAGCGUACGAACUGAAAAUGAUUUCCAAGAGUAUGUGCUGAAGGCAACAGAGAAUGGCUCAUUCGGCAGUCCAGGUGGCCAGAGAUUUAGAUACCGCACCACCUUAACCCGAGAACGCCGCAUGGCUCACCAGCCUCGGAGCUCUCCCGUUAUCUCCCAGUUGCCCGACAACGGGGUGGUGUUUGAGGGGCUGGGGCGCCAACCCCGGCCACAACAGGGCCGCAGCUUGCGCCGCAUGAUGACUCGGCUGAGCGCCCGGAGGAGGGCACAGUCCCAAGGGGUGUCCACUCGGCAAAUCCAAGAGCAAGAGAUGGUCAACUUUAGACGAGAAUUGUACCGGUCAGGAGUGCGGGUCAGGAAUGUGCAAGAUGGCGGUCGCUACCGUGACGUCUCUGCUGACUUCUUCCGCCGUAACGCUGCUUGCCUCCAUCGUUUGAUGCCUUGGCUAAAGAGGGAACUCUGCGUCUUAUUCGGCUCCCAUGGUUCUAUUGUCAACAUUGUGCAACACAUCAUCAUGUCCAACAUUGUCCGGUAUGACAUGGAGGGCGAGGCAUUCCAAGAGGAGUUGAGACCCUUCUUGCUUAGUCGCACCGACCACUUUUUACAUGAGUUUAUCAGUUUCGCAAGGGCUCCAUUUAACAUGGAAUCGUAUGACCAGAGAGCCAACUAUGACUGUCCAGCCCCAUCCUAUGAGGAAGAAAGCGACUCUGAUUUGUCUGUAAUCGCAAUCUCACCUGACGCUGCCAGUCCUCGGCAAGCAGACAGACCAACGCCUAAUCCCUCAGAGCUGGCUCUUAGCCUAAGUCAGGCAACGUGGGAUGAUGAAACUCCUGGCCCUUCCUACUCGGUGACAGAGACCUUGGAGGCUGGGAAUUCCUCACCUGAUGAAGCCUCUGUUGUGUCUGAAGAGGCUUCAUCGCAGCCUGAAACAUCGUUGCCUGUGGUGCCAAUUAAGGCUGAUCCUGGUACAAAGGAUGACAGUUCAACCCGCUCGGGAGAUGAUUGCUUAAUAGUGGGUUAUGUGAAGCCUUUGGCUGAAAGGACUCCUGAGCUUAUUGAAUUGAGUUCAGACUCUGAGGUUUCCACGCAUGUCACAAGCACAGAGGUUGUUGCGCAGCCCGUGCACACACGUUUCCACAGCAGCAGUGCUAGUAGUUGCUGCUUGUCGACCAGGUCGUCCUCAACUAGAUCCUCUGUCUCCAGGGACCGGUGGAAAAGAAAGAAGUCAAAACGAAAGAAGAGGAGUAAAUCAAAAAGAGAGAAGCGUCGGAAAAAGAGUUCCCAUUCUGGAGGCAGCACCUCAUCUUCAGGCAGACACAGGGCAAGGGCAUCAAGUAGGGUCAGAAGCAGUUCUAAGGAUCGAUCCAGGUUCCAAUCACAAAGCAGAGACAAGCGUGAUCUUCGGAGGCACCAGCGAUCAAGCAGCACAGAAAGAACUACGGUGGCUUACUCCUACAGUAGAAGUGAGCAUCGAGCCAAGGACUGGAGCCAAAGGACUACUAGAGACCAAUCUUCUUUAGGAGGUAGAGCCAGGUCAGCCAGCCGAGAAACCUGCGCCUAUCAAAUGCGGAACAGAAAGAGGUCAAGGAACCGAGAGAGGGCAUCAUCUACGAGAAGUCGAACGAGGUCCCAGAACAGUGACGGCGUGGUUUACAGGCACCGACCUAGAUCACGCUCUUGGAGCAGAGGCUAUGCUACAGUGAGAGACAGGAGAAGAUCCAGAAGUAGGGAGAGGACAUACAGCUAUAUGAGGGAAUACCAGGAAAGAGACAGGGGUUUCUCAUAUCAGUGGGAAAGGUAUAGUUACCACAGUAGAACACACAAUGGUCAUGAUUCAGUAACCAGAAACAGAACUCGCCACAGGAGAACGUCACCUUGUUCAGAUUAUAGAAUUCGAUCUAGUUCUGAAAGUACGAGCUUCAGAAGCCCAAGUAGCCACAGGGAAGAUGUCUAUUAUCAGUACAGAAAUUAUCAUUCAAGAAGUCCUUCAAGUACCCAGUCUAGAACUACCUCUGGGCGAACUGAUAAGUUGAGGCAAGAGAAACCUGGAGGCAAAAGGAAGUAUAAGACUCAUUAUUUGGAAAGUUCAUCCAGCAAAGCUGACAAAAGUGCCAAUUUACAGAUUGCUAAGUUAUCAUCAGAGAUUCACACUUUGCCGAGAAGGGAGGGCAGCUCUCCCAGGCCUCAUUCUCAGUGCAGUAGCUACUCAAAAAGUGGCUCGCUGGUGGCUGAGAGCACCAUAAGCAGUGAACCCAAGAUGAAAAGGCACAGAGAGAAGCGGAGGAGUUCCAGUGUGGAAAUAGUGUACGAGGGAAAGGCAACUGAGGCAAGCAGGCAUCAUGAGCGAAAGAAGAAACACAAGAAGCGGAGGAAGGAGAAAAGCAGCGAAAGGACAGAUUGCACAAAUCAUUCACCACUUGUCAUAACUAUUGAAAGUGAUAGCGAUGAGGUGGUUGUUGCAAGCAUGGACAGUGACAACAGCACCAUGAACAAAACCACCAAACAUCUUAAGAAUAGCAGUUUUGAUCUUGCUGAACAACACAUCACAGAGAAUCAGACUGCCCAGGACCUCCCCAGUGCCACAGACAAUACUUUAUUCAGGAACACCAGCACAGAGUCCUUGGACGUGUGUGGGCUGCCCACUGAUUCUGAUCUUACUCCUCCAAAUCCAAACAGAGAGACUUGUCUUAAACAAGAAGGUGUAAAUCCAGUGACCAAUGUAGGCGAUCAUGAGAAUUUUAAGGGGCAAGAGCAAGACAACAGACAGCACUGUCCUUCACCAAGGACGACUCUUUCUAAAAACACUUCAGACAGACCACCUUUGAUAUUGAAAAUCCCAAAGAGGUUCUUUAAUGGCACGAAUCUGUUUAACAGUUCAAUGGAAAAUGCAUAGAAACAGUUUCCUGAGACUAUUUGAAUUUGGAAAUCGCUCCUCCCACCAGCCAUCCCCACCCCUCACUUCCACUCCAGGGAAUUUUAUUAGAUUCGUAUCGUAGCAUCAAGAGGAUUAGUAAGUGUGGUCAUCAAGCUAGCAUCAGAUGUACAGAUUUGUUUAAAAAAAAUAAACAAAAAAAAUUCCUGUGACAUUACUGCUAAUACUGUACUGAUCAAUUUUGUGUGCAGAGAUUGCUAUACCGUGACCCUGAAGAUGUAUGGUGCAUCUGUACAUUGGGAAUUUUUAUAGCUAUUGCAUUUUAAGGUUGGACUAUUGCAGUGCGGUGAAGAGUUGUGUGGAUUAAUUUAUUUAAAAGUUAUCUUUUCAUCUUGAUUUUAUCAUUAAGUAGAUCACACAAGUUAGCCCUUUAAUUGCUCCAGACUCUCAGUAAUCAUACACUUUUCAGGCAGGGGUUUUCAGACAGGUUAAUAGCAUUUGCACUUCUGUAAAUAAUCAUACUUGAAUGUUCUAAAACAGUUGCCAAAUAUAUAGAACAAUCAAAUUGGCUGUUGGCAAUAAAGUUCCUUUUUUUAAAAAUCAUUUUACAAGAAUAGUUUUGAUGCAUUUUCUGGUGAAAUUUCUGCAGACCACAUUGAGGGAUGUUUUGCAGAGAUGUGGAAUACUUGCACCCUCCAUUAAUGACAGUAUCUGUUGGAUCAUGGACCAGCUCUGAAGCCCCAAGCUUCAACCAGACUUCACCAGCAAUAACAAAUCAACAUGAUAACAGAUUUUUUUUCUGUGUCCCAGCAAGCUGGUUUCCGGUGUUCUGCACAGAAUGGCUGCAGCAUAGAAGAAAGCCAUGCAGCCCAUUGAGUUUUUACCCAUUCUAUCUAUGAGCAGUGCACCUGGUCCCUUUUCCCUGCCAUUUUCCUGUAGCUCUGAAAAUUAUUUCUUUUAGGUGCUUAUCCUAGUCUCUUUUGAAUUCUACAGUUGAACCUGCCUUUAUUACUACUCCUGGCAGUGCAUUCGAGAUUUUAACCAAAUGCUAUGCAUAAUAAUAAAAAAUAAUCUUUAUGUCACAUUUGGUUCUUUUGCAAUAUCAAGUCAUUCUGUGAUUUUUGAUCCUUCUGCCCGUGGGACCAGUUCCUCUCUAUCUAAUCUGUCUCUGUCCUUCAUGAUUUAAAUUCCUCUCUUUUGCAACCUCCUUUAUUCCAAGGAGGAGAUCUCCAUCAUUUCCAGACAAUCUGCAUAAAUAAAGCCCUCCAAUCAAGGAAUAAUUUUCAUAACUCUUUUCUGUACCCUCUCCAAAGCCUUCACAUCUUUUCUAAAGUUUGGUGUCUAGAAAUGGACACAGAACUAGUACUUUCAUUAGCUUUCUGUCAUCCUACU